GGGACCACACCGAGUCGAUUUACGCAUUCCAAAGGCUCUCCAAAACGAGAACGCGACGCCAGUAGUAUACCCGCGGCAGAGCCUCGGUGGCACACGCUGUACAAGCACCAAAGUAUAACAAAAUGUGCCGUAGGCGGGAUAUCGCGCGUAAAGUGUAGCACGUAUACACAGUUGGGCAUCGUGUGGGUGGAUUGUGCGUUGGCGCCGGGAUAAUGUCCCAGGUGGCAGGUGACAUCGGCUGGUACACUGGCCGUCAGCGUCCGUCCAAGAUGGGCGAGCGACCGAGUAGGUAUUGCUGUAGCCGCUCCUCGCGGUAACGUACCCCGUUGGCGUUGCACGGCCGAUCGCGCCUCGCAUUGGAAUUGGCGCAUUGAAUACCUGGGAAUAAGUGCGCGGGUGACGGAGACGGGAGGGGGAAAAAAAAAGAAGAAGAAAAAAGUCGCUCGAGUGUCCGGCGAAGGAGGAUAGACGAGAGGAAGGACGGCGAGAUGGACGGGGUGGCGACGGAGAAGACGUCCGAGGGGACGGACGCCGACUUGGUGGCGGAUCUGAGGGUCGAGAUCGAGAGGCUGUCCCGGGAGCUGGACCUCGCAUCCACGGAAAAGAUACAGUCGGCCAAGUACGGGCUGGCACUGCUCGAGGAGAAGUCCCAGCUUCAGGACAGGGUUAACGAACUCGAGAGCCUCUACGACCACACGAAGCACGAGCUGGACAUCACGCAGGAGGCGCUAGCCAAGUUCCAAACGACCACGAAAUUGACGAGACGCACGGGCAUAGAGCAAGAGGAGAGCCUGCUGAGCGAGAGCGCGGCGCGCGAGACGAGCCUCCAAACCCAAAUAAUCGAGCUGGAAAAUGAAGUCAAGCAGCUUCACCACGAGCUCGAGCGAGCGACGGCAGAGCGGGACCACGCGUUGCAGGAGCGCGACGACGUGGGCAAGGACCACUCGCUCGUCGAGUCGGAGCGGCGAAACCUGCGCUCCGAGCUCAAGGAGUGCCGCUUCCGGGAGACGCGACUCCUCCAGGACUACACGGAGCUCGAGGACGAGAACAUCUCGCUGCAGAAGCAGGUGGCCACGCUGCGCUCCAGCCAAGUGGAGUUUGAAGGCGCGAAGCACGAGAUACGCCGGCUGACCGAGGAGGUCGAGCUGUUCAACAGCCAAGUCGAGGAGCUCGCCAAUCUGAAGAAGAUCGCCGAGAAACAGAUGGAGGAGGCCCUCGAGUCCUUGCAGGCGGAGCGCGAGGCCAAGUACGUCCUGAAGAAGGAGCUCGACCAGAGGAUGAACAGCGAGUCGAUCUACAACCUGAGCAACCUCGCGCUCUCCAUUCGUGGGAUCACCGACGACCAAACGAUGUGCAGUGACGGGGAGGACGACUCGCCUGCGCUCAGGAGGAUCGAGGACGAUCUGAAGACGCAGGAGCCGGGCACUUCGACGGUGAACAAGCAGGUCGACCUCUUCUCGGAGAUCCACUUGAACGAGCUGAAGAAGCUGGAGAAGCAGCUGGAAAUGGCGGAGAUGGAUAAGGCAAUGUUGACCCAAAAUCUGAAAGAGUCGCAGCACGCGGUGGAAAAGAGCCAGGCCGAGCUGCAGUCUUUUAUCGCCCGUAUCGUGCAGUUGGCGGCCCAUGUGCAAUCGUUGCAGCACAUUCACUCGAAAUUGCCCGAGAGGCAGAACGACGAGGCCACUCUGGAUAAACUCAAUUUGGCCGUCAUACAGUACCAUCAAUGGAGCACAAUGUCCGCUCAGGAGGUUCAACAGCUUCAGAAGGACUUGGCCGAGCUCGAGAAAGGCCUCACGAUUUCAGACUCGACCCAACACCUCAGGACGGAACUCACGAAUCUUCGGAAUAAGAUACCAGUAACACAAAAGAGCCUCCAGGCAAAGCUGCUGGACACCGAGCAGAGGAGCAUGCUGCUCGAGUCGGACGUCAGUACCCUGUCCAAGCUCGCAGCCGAGGCCGGUGGCUCACUCGAGAGUGCCCAGAACGACCUGCAGAACAUGUCCGACGAACUGGCCCAGCUGUACCAUCACGUAUGCACCGUCAACGGCGAGACGCCCUCGAGGGUGAUUCUCGACCACGAGAAGACAGCGCCCGACAACGAGGAGGACAGCGGGAAGAUCGAGUGGUGCCGGACGCUCUUCAAGACCGACAUCAAGAUCAAAGACCUCGAGAGUCUGAGCAAGGCCAAGGAGAUCACGAGGAGCAUCUCGACGGCCAUGGAUCAGAUCAAGCAUCUGAGGAACGCCGUCGAGCACACGAUCGAGCUGUCGAAGCUGAAGGGCGUGAAGACCGGCAUGUGCGCCAUGUGCGAGGCCAACGUUGGUGAAAACAAGGAGGUCGCGGAGCUCCAGGAGCAAGUGCUCCGACUGAAGGCGCUGCUCUCCGCCAAGCGCGAGCAGAUAGCCACCCUGAGGACGGUGCUCAAGUCCAAUAAGAACACCGCCGAGGUCGCUCUGAGUAAUCUCAAGAGCAAGUACGAGAACGAGAAGAAGAUCGUCAACGAGACGAUGCUCAAGCUCAGGAACGAAUUGAGGACCCUCAAGGAGAACGCGGCCACCUUUUCGAGUCUGCGCGCGAUGUUCGUGGCCCGGUGCGAGGAGAACGCCACGCGCGAAGACGAACUCAAGCGCCAGCUCGCCGUGGCAGAGGAGGACCGCAAGACCCUCAACCAACUGCUGCGUCUGGCCGUCCAGCAGAAGCUCGGCUUGACAAUGAAGCUCGAGGAGAUGGAGGUGGACCGCGAGCUUCGUAACACGAGGCGGCACCCGGCCAAUUCUGGCGGAGGCGGAGGUGGUGGUGGUGGUGGCGGAGGUGGUAACGGAGGCCGAGGGCGCGGGAGACUGCCUCAACAGACGAACCGUCCCCAUCAGGGCAGGGACUUUUUCUAGAAGAUGGUCAAGAUGUGGAGCAAGAUAUUCUGAGACGCGGCGCCGCAACGGCCAACUCGGUAGACUGGCCUUUUUAUUCGUGAACUCCCCCAUUGACUAAGUUGGUUUUUCUAACUUAUCUUUAUUAUCGGCUUUUGAGACUUUUUUCCAGGAUUCUUAUAUUUUUGACUUGUGGUUUUUGCGCCAUUUCCGACUUUCUUUGAAAAUCAAAAUCUUUUAGAGUUUAUACUACUGACGUGCAACUCUGUCGAUUCAGAGGUACGAAAAGUAUCGUUUUCCAAUUGGUAUGGUGCUUGACUACGACGUCCUUAGUAACUUCAUGUGAAAUCAUAAAAAAUUUUUUUAAUAACAAUUUUGACAUUUAUCGGCAGGUUAUUUGUGAUUGUGAUCAGUGUAGCAUUACUCACAGACAUGUUUAAAUUAUUUAUUAUUAAAAAUUAUUGAGUUGAGAAUUUAUUUAAUGAGACCAAGAUUAGAAAAAUAAUCGAGAGAAAUAUUAUCAUUUUAAAAUUCUUGUAACAAAAAAAAUUACUUAUUAUAUUUACAGUCUUGACAAUAGUAUUAUUGUAAUGGUUAAUACAUUCUUUUAAAAUCAAUCGACAAAACUUUUCAAGAGUAGAUUUGACUAUUGUUCGAUUAUUGUCUGACAGCGAUUAAUUGUAUAAAGACAAAAAAUAAAAAUUUUCUAAUGACCGAAGGUGUGUACGCACCAGAAAGUUCGCUUUUACAGUCUCGCGCCAAUGGAAUAAACUGCUCCACGUCAUGACGUCGGAUGAAUAUAUCACUGUCUCUGUCUGUUAGUUGUUAGAGAUGCAUUGCUGAGCGCAAAUUUACAGAUGGAAGGGCCCACUUGAACGUAGGCCAGAUUUCUACGGAAAUGUUGAAUUAAAUCUUGUGUGGGAUGUUUUUUUUAUGAGUAUAUUUAUGUUUGCGAGAGUGAAAUAUGAAGUGUUGGGUAAAGAAAAGAAGAAACUUGUCCAUAUGUUUGUGUCUUCUUUUUUAUAGUUGUUUGAACAGAACUGGUUGGAUGUUAAAGAAGAAAAAAAAAAGAGAUAAUUCAAGUGUCCAUAUUAUUAAGUCUUAGGAGACGAUAAAAAAAAGCCAAGGCCAGCAUUUAAGAGUGUAUUGAUUUUUUAGAUAGUAU